UACAGUGCUUCCACGUCGCAGUCAGACCAUUCCACUCACACCAAAUCUGCUUCUGCUUUGUCGUCUGACUCCAUCUCCACCUCAGCAGACAAUUUCUCUCCAGAUUUAAGGGUCCUACGGGAGGCUAAUAAAUUGGCUGAAAUGGAGGAGCCACCUUUGCUGCCUGGGGAAACCAUUAAAGACAUGGCCAAGGAUGUUACUUACAUCUGUCCCUUCACUGGAGCAAUCAGAGGAACCCUUACUGUUACCAAUUAUAGACUGUAUUUUAAAAGCAUGGAACGGGACCCUCCUUUUGUCCUAGAUGCAUCUUUAGGUGUAAUCAACAGAGUGGAGAAAAUUGGAGGUGCUUCCAGUCGCGGUGAAAAUUCAUAUGGGCUGGAGAUUGUAUGCAAGGAUAUUCGAAACUUGCGGUUUGCUCAUAAGCCUGAAGGGAGAACUAGACGAUCCAUAUUUGAGAACCUAAUGAAAUAUGCUUUUCCAGUUUCAAAUAAUCUGCCACUUUUUGCCUUUGAGUACAAAGAGGUUUUCCCAGAAAAUGGAUGGAAAGUGUAUGACCCAACUUGGGAGUACAGAAGACAGGGAAUUCCCAAUGAAAGCUGGAGGCUGACCAAGAUUAAUGAGCGCUAUGAGCUGUGUGAUACAUACCCUGCCAUUCUAGCUGUGCCUGUAAACAUUCCCGAUGAGGAGUUAAAGAGAGUGGCAUCCUUCAGAUCCAGAGGACGCAUACCAGUCUUGUCAUGGAUUCACCCAGAAAGUCAAGCAACGAUCACUCGCUGUAGCCAGCCCAUGGUGGGAGUGAGUGGCAAGCGGAGCAAGGAAGAUGAAAAGUACCUUCAAGCCAUCAUGGAUUCUAAUGCCCAGUCCCAUAAAAUCUUCAUAUUUGAUGCAAGGCCUAGCGUGAAUGCUGUUGCCAAUAAGGCUAAAGGAGGGGGCUAUGAGAGCGAGGAUGCCUAUCAGAAUGCAGAACUAGUGUUCCUGGAUAUUCACAAUAUUCAUGUUAUGAGAGAGUCGCUGAGAAAACUGAAAGAAAUUGUGUAUCCCAAUAUCGAGGAGACUCAUUGGCUGUCUAAUUUAGAGUCAACUCACUGGCUAGAGCAUAUCAAGCUCAUUCUUGCUGGAGCCCUUCGGAUUGCUGACAAAGUGGAAUCAGGGAAGACAUCUGUGGUUGUGCACUGCAGUGAUGGCUGGGACCGGACAGCCCAGCUCACCUCUCUCGCCCUGCUCAUGUUGGAUGGCUACUACCGAACCAUCAGGGGGUUUGAAGUGCUCGUGGAGAAGGAGUGGCUGAGCUUUGGCCACAGAUUUCAGCUGAGAGUUGGCCAUGGGGACAAGAAUCACGCAGAUGCAGAUCGCUCUCCCGUCUUCCUGCAGUUCAUCGACUGUGUCUGGCAAAUGACAAGACAGUUUCCCACAGCAUUUGAGUUCAAUGAGUACUUCCUCAUCACCAUCCUGGAUCACCUGUACAGCUGUUUAUUUGGGACCUUCCUGUGCAGCAGUGAGCAGCAGAGAAUGAAGGAGAGCCUUCCAAAAAAGACUGUAUCACUUUGGUCUUACAUCAACAGCCAACUGGAGGAGUUUACUAACCCCUUGUACGUGAGCUACUCCAACCACGUCCUGUAUCCCGUGGCCAGCAUGCGCCACCUUGAGCUGUGGGUCGGCUACUACAUCCGCUGGAACCCCAGGAUGAAGCCUCAGGAACCUGUUCACAAUCGCUACAAGGAGCUUCUAGCCAAGCGGGCUGAGCUGCAGAAGAAAGUGGAGGAACUGCAGAGAGAAAUCACCAACCGUUCCACCUCAUCCUCGGAGCGAGCCGGCUCUCCCGCACAGUGCAUCGCUCCUGUACAGACAGUUGUAUAA